CUGGCAUUGAUUGCAGCGACAUGCAGAAAAAACGAGAAUAUUUUAACAGAGUGCAGCCAAUUAUAGAUUGACAAUAUAGGCGUAGCCAUCUGCCUUGACGUUUGUAUUAAAUUGAAUUGCAGUAAAUUGUUGUUAAGUUAAAAUGAGCAAAAUAUUCGUGAACGGCGUCGAGUUGUUUUAUCAGAAAUUUGGAACAGGAGAACAUGUGGUUCUUUUACUUUGUGGAGGGCUGGGUUUUGGUAAUAUCCAUUACAAGCCACAAAUUGAAGGUUUUGAUCUAGAAAAGUUUACCUUGAUUAGUUGGGAUCCGAGAGGUUAUGGUCAAUCGAGGCCUCCAAAGCGAGUAUUUCCAAAGGACUUUUAUUAUAUUGAUGCCGACGAUGCAAUUGCUCUCAUGGAGAAACUUGGAUAUGAAUCAUACUCUUUGUUGGGGUGGAGUGAUGGAGCAAUAUUAGCUGCUAUAAUUGGUGCUAAUAAAAGUGAGAAAGUUAGAAAAAUAGUCAAAUGGGGUGGAAAUGCAUUCUGUACACCAGAUAUGAUGGUAGUAUACCAAGGCCUACAUGAUGGAUCUAUUUGGAGUGAAGAUGCGUUUGGUCCUUUAUUAAAAUAUUAUGGAAAGGAGUAUUUUGACUGCAUAUUAAAAGCAUGGUGCGCAAGUUUUAAAACUAUGGAUAAAGACAGUGAAGGGAAUGUUAACAUCUGUUCAGAAUAUCUUUCUGAUGUAAAAGCGCCGACAUUGAUUAUACAUGGUAUGAAAGAUGGGUUGGUCGUAAAGAUGCAUGCAGACUUCUUUCUUGAGAAAAUAAAGGAUUCAAAGUUGGUAGUAUUUGAUGAAGGAGACCACCAUCUUCACUUACAAUUCCCAGAGAAAUUUAAUCGGCUUGCUCAGGAGUUUCUUCUUGAGUAAAGAACUCAUUUUACAAUGUAACAGCUGUUUUAACUAAUUAAAAAACUCAAUUGUUUUCAUUUAUUUAGUGUAUUUUAUUAUUAAUAUUUGUGUUGAGUGUGUUUGGUGUACACAUAGCCUAGAGAUAUCUCCAGUAGGCUGUGGUGUACACUGUGCAUAAUAACAUACUGUACAGUGGCCUACUGCAAAAUAUAACCUUUUUCUGCAUUUUGGAUCAUUUCUAUUGCAAUAUACAACACAAGGCGUA